CUUGUUAAAUUAGUCUCCAGUCCACUGUUUUUCUUCCCUAAUUAUAACCCACAUAAAUCUUGAUUUUACUUUACUCCCCAAAAAACGGACCCUGAUGAACAACGGAGGAAUUAAAAAGCUGUAAUAAACAUUUCGAUUCUAUUCCUUCAAAGUUUGUAUUUUUAUUCAAACUUGCUUUCUCUACCCAUAUAGAUAGCUUCUUUUUGUCUCUUUUAUUGAAUGCCCAUAAGGUGUUCGAUAAAUGUCCUGAAAGAACUUUUGAUGGGCAUUGCCAAAUGAUCUGUAUGAAUGUUUGUGUUUCUAUAUCUUGUAUUAAAAACCCAAAUAUUUUCUAGGUAAAAACAUCUUGGGGUUGCCAGGAAAUGGUCGAAAACGGUCACAAAAAAUACCCGGUUCCACUGCAUACAUAAAUUGUGUACACCAACUGUUUGAUAUUUUGCUUCAAGUUUGUUUUUUGUCAAAAAUGAAGAGAAUUGUUGUAUGUUUAAGAUCAUCUUUACAAGUUAAAUCUUGUGACAAAAACUUACUUCAAAAAUCAAGAUUUAUGUGGGUUCAAAUAAUGCAUAAAACAAGUGGAGGAAAAAGACCAAAAAAGAAAGUUUAUCAUAGAGUACAUGAACUAGACAAAGCUAUGGACCUUCAAAAGAAACCGGCCGCGAUUUUGAAACUGAAAUCUAUUAUACAAUCACAAAAGAACCAGUCUUUGCUUUUAAGGGACCUUGAAAAAGAAGUUGGGUUUAUUCAAAAAUGGAAUUUUAUUGCCAUUAUUGAAAAGUACCCAACGAUUUUUCAUGUGAGCGGUGGUCAUAAAACGCCGCCUGCUGUUAUGCUUAGUGAAAAAGCUAAAAAGAUAGCUGCUGAGGAGGUUGAGGUUAAUGAACUAAUGGAACCCAUUUUGGUUAAGAAUUUGAGGAAGUUGUUGAUGUUGUCGGUUGAUUGUAGGUUGCCACUUGAAACCAUUGAUAUCGUUCGCUCUGAAUUGGGUUUGCCUAGUGAUUUUCGGAAGUCUUUGAUUCCGAAGUUUCCCGAGUUUUUUAGUGUGAAAGAUGUGCACGGGAGGUCUCAUCUUGAGUUGGGAACAUGGGAUUCUUCACUUGGGGUUACUGCCCGCGAAGAAAGGUACAUGAGUGAAAGAAUCUUGGACAGUUUAGGGAAUUCAAAACGGGCCAAGAUUUCAAAAGAUGGAAACUUUCCUGGCCCGUUUGCUUUUAAGUUGAACUUUCCUGUUGGGUUUAGACCCAACACGAGUUACCUGCAAGAACUUGAGAAAUGGCAGAAGAUGGAUUUUCCUUCACCGUACUUGAAUGCAAAGAGAUUUGAAGUCUCUGAUCCUAAAGCUCGAAAAAGGGUGGUGGCAGUGCUUCACGAGCUUCUUAGUUUGACUAUGGAGAAACGGAUGACUUCUGCUCAACUGGAUGCAUUUCAUUCUGAACUGCGGUUACCAGCUCGAUUGCUGCUUUGCUUGAUUAAGCAUCAUGGUAUGUUUUACAUUACUAAUAAAGGUGCAAAGAGCACUGUUUUUCUUAAAGAAGGUUAUGAUGGCUCAAGAUUAGUUGAUAAAUGUCCCCUUUUGACAUUUAGGGAUAAAUUUAUAGCACUCACUGGUAGGAGAGACCUUGAACCAUCAUGUACUACAUGAAUAUGAAGUUCAAUAGAAGAAUUUAAUUAUAGAUAAUGUUUGUUGUAUCGUAUGACCAUAGUUUUCCA